AGUACACUUUCGACGAUCGGCGCAGAGCGACGGACACAACGUGGACGUGCCUUUGGUUUUCGAUCCCGUGCCGCCGUGGUGUGUGCCGUUUUCGCUCCCGCAAAAGCCGCAGACGAGCGGACGUGAGGGGAUCCAGGGUUUUCCCACCACAACUUUUCCUCUCGCGAUCGCGACUUCUGGAGGGAGGGCGUGAAACCGUGUGGCCAACAGUACGGUCCCGUACUGCCGAAUACGAAACGAAAAUCGACUUAGAACGAACCUGCGUCUACGGUGUCUCUGCUGAGCUCCAGCCGGUCUGUACGUGUGCGUGUGUGUGUGUGUGUGCUAAUGAGAUAGAAGCAGCAGCAAUAGCAACAGCAGUUACAGAGCGCACCAGCGGCAGUGUUAGUGCGAUUUUGACGUGAUUGAAAAUUCACCGGUGCCGGUGCAAUAUAGAAGUAGCAGCAGCAGCAGCAGCAGCAGCAGCAGCAGCAGCAGCAGAGCACCGGGAAAAAAGAAAACUCGCAGAAAGUAACAACGAAAGAAGGAAAUAUUAACACGAUCGCGGGUGCCAAAGCGGCAAAGCGAAACCAAAGAGAAAGAAAGAGAGAGAGAGCGACACCACGAGGAAAAGAAGGUAGCAACCCCCUGGUCCAACUUCUGCAGCAUCCCGCUAGUGUGCCAGUGUGUGAAACAAGUGAACCGAGACCCCAAGUGCCGAAGAGAAGCAAAAGAUACCGUUUUUGGGAGGUGGAAGCGAAGGCAAAGAGGGAAAGCAAAAGGAAAAUCCGUCGCCCGCCAAAGUGAACGAAGUGAAGUGUGCCCGACUCUCUUGGUGGCGUGUUGUAGUAGCCGACGACGACGGCAACGACGACAGCAACGGAAUCGGACGACGUGAAGGCACGCAAAGUAGGCCAUCUUUUCUGAGUUGCAGCUGAGCUGUUGGUUUCGUGUUGGUUGGUUCGCGCGAACGCCGAGGAAAGUGAUCGGGAAAAUCAAUCCGAUUUUCAUUACGCAAUUCUGAGACAUUCUGUGUGUGCGCGUGCCAGUCCGCACGAGGAAAACGCGAGAAACGUGGAGUUGUUCGAACGACGAGACGAGGUGUGUUCAUUGAAUCGAGAGCGAAGGUGCAGCAGCAGCAGCAGUGUGCAAGGACAAUCCAAGUGCAUACGGGGCGCCAGUGGGUGGUGUGAGAGAUUUUCCGGAGAGGAAGAAGACGACCACGCUUUCAGUGCACUGAUGCCCGGGUGUAUCUUGUCCCGGUGAUCGCUUGUCGCUUGGAAGAUGAUGGCCACCGGUCGUCGGUUUCUUCCCUGACGAAGACCAGUGCCAGUGCAGUGCAGUGCAGUGCUGUCCGUGUCUGUGUGUGUGUGCGCCACACCAUUUCAUUUUCUUCUUCUUACUUCAAUCAUCAAUCGGACCGGGGACCCACGGUGUGCACGGUGAGGGUUUUUUUGGGGUGCUUCUGGGCUGCUUCUGAUAGCAGAGGAGCAGAACAGAAGAAAGAACGCGACGGAACGCGAAACCGAAGACAUCAAUCGUAGCAGCCGCUGUCUGCCGGGGUGACGCCGGUUAGCACUAGGAACAGAGGAGCAGACCAGCGAGAGUGUGGCCGCCGCCGCCACCGUUGAUCGUAGCUGCCGCCUGUGUCGUGUUACCUCGUUAACAAUCUUCAAGAAUUUCAAGGCGAUCGCGUGCAGUACGUUACGUUCCGUUACGCAAAAGACGAGCAUUUGCUGACUUGCAGUAGACGAAGCAGAAGAAGAAGAAGAAGAAAAAAUAGGAGAUCCUCGUCGCCCUGAAGAAAGAUCGCUGAAGAAACAUCAAUCGCCAUUACAAGUUGGCCGACGACGAAUUGAACUCCACGGAAAACAAAGAUGUCUACGAACCGAGUGUGGAACCGGUGUUGGUUGCUAGUACUCCUGCUCCUUGCCGUGACACUCACCGUCAGUUCGGUAACCGCCAGCUGCCCUCCAGGAUGCCAUUGUAGUGCCGUCAAUGCGACGAUCCGGUGUACGACCGUGACCGGCUUACGAUCACUCGACAAAACGCAACCGAUCGGUCGGCUCGAUCUGUCCGGGCUUAACCUUACGAAAGUCCCGGCCCUACUAGAGAACGUGCGUAACAUCACCGAGCUGGACCUAUCCGGCAAUCAGCUAGCGGAGGUGAACCAUCUGAGCAGACGGAUCCGCACGCUGAACCUCAGCCACAAUCGUCUCAGUUCGGCGAAGCUUGCCCGUAUCCCGGUCUUCGUCGAGUCCCUGAAUCUGACGCACAAUGCCAUCACCUACCUACCGCUGUCGAUGAUGAAGUUGAAGCGAUUGCGUUACAUCGAACUGGCCAGCAAUCCGAUCAACUGUACCUGCGAAACGCUUCACGUGCGCAAUUGGCUUACGUCGCGCCACGUUUGGUCCGACGAACACAUCAAGUGUAGUGCACCGCAGGAAUUUAAGGGACGACCGUGGCUGCAGGUACGCCAGUCUGACGUUUGCCAUCCAUCGGUGGUGGAAGAGCGUAACCGUGGUGCCGGUCAUCAGCAGCAUGAGGAUGAGGAUGGGGAUGGGGAUGAGAACGAUCUGAUGCUGGGCGAUCAGGCGGUGCUACCGAUGGGCGACGAAGCGGAAGAGGAUGAUCUUGGCCGGGAGUUCCUGCCGGUCGGUGGCGAGCGGGUGAAACGACGGAUCGAACAUCCGGCCGCGGACGUUGCGAUCGAUUUCGAGGGUUCCGGUGAUGACACUGGAGGACCAGCUGGACCCGGUGAGGAUGCCAUCAGUAAGGAGGUGCGCGCUAAUCUGAUCGAUGAAGCGACGGUAGAAGGUAGCGGGUCUGAGGUGGAGGAUGGUGACCAGUCUUCACCCUCGACGCCACUGACGCGACUGUUUGACGUGACGGAAGAUCCACCGGAGGAUGAUGAUGGUGGAAGUGGCGAAGGUUUACCGGUCGACAUCCCGCUCAGCAUUUCGGGGUUGGGUAUCUUCCAGCAUACGACACCGGAACCGGAGGUAGCGACGACGGUGGUGGCCGGUGAGAAACCGCGAAGGAUCAGUCAUGAUGGUGAUGUUCGGCCCGAUGAAGGAGGUAGUAAGGACGAGGAGAAACCUCUGUUACCACCAUCGACGGUGGCCGAACAGAACCUGGCGGAUGCACAGAACGAGGACAACACGAACACGUACAUCCUGUUGGCCGUACUGGGCAUCAUUGUGGUGUCGUUGGUCAUUACGGUGAUCUGUAAGCGUAAACCGGACUCGCAGCGUAACCGUCGUGGCAAGUACGACGUCGAGGAGGCUAACAAGGGUCGUGAGAUGAAGGAAAUUAACAAGAACCUACUGGAGAAGGUACCGCCGGGUGAACGGAAUGGGCGGAAUGGUGCACCCGAAGCGACACCACUGAUGAGUCCCGUGACGCCGGAUUACGAUAAGGUGUUUGGUGGUCAGGAUGGUCAGAAGAAGGGCUUUACGCCGGUUAAACCUCAGCGUGCAUCACUCGAGCGGCCUCUGGAAUCGUUUAAACCGGAACAGCAACAACAGCAGCAUCAGCAACCUCCGAUCGGUGAAAACAACAACAGUACGGCACUGCCAAACGGGAACGGUGCGGUACCGAACGGAACGGCGGCACCGGUGGCCGGAGUUCAUCAGCCAUCAGCAAACAACCAUCAUCCUCACCACCAGCAAGUGCCAUCGGCGGACACUCCGGAUGACGGGGGACGUCUGCUAGCGGCGGAACCGGCGGGUCCGGAGUCACCCCGCUCGAAGCGUUACAGUCCGAUCUAUGUGCCUACCUCACCCAAAUCGGACCGGUACAGUCCGGUGUACUCGCCCGAGACGGGCCGCGUCAAGAUCAAGCUUACCGAGACGCCCAAACCAAAGACUCCGAUCCUGGUGACCCGGAGUCGUUCCCGGGCCGGUGACAUCAUCAUGACGACCAACGAUGACCAAAAGUUCUAAGCUCUCCACCGCCAGAGAGAGAGAGAGAGAGAGAGAGAGCGAGAGAGCGAGAGAGAGUCCUAUCAAUCCUAUCGUAAUGGCCAUCCCUUCCAUUCUCCUUCUCGCUCUCCGGUUGCGACGAGGCUUAUGAAGCACAAAAAGGAAGGACGACUUUGAGGAACUCGCGAGGGAAGUAGCGCAGAGCAGAUCGUCACAACGUCGUGGUCUUCCGCCGUUCCGCCGCUGCAAUUUUUUGUGCCUAGUAUCAGACCCAGAGAGGUUUGCUAUCAUGUUGUUGUGUUGUGUGUCCUUCAAGGAAGAUGAACCGCGAGCGACGAAGAAGAAGAAACUAGCAAUAGCGUCGAUCGAGCCUCGUUCGUCUGCUGCCUUCCCCGCGCCGUUGUUCUAUCGCAACUUCGCGGCGAUGAAAUUGUAAAUAGUCAUGUCAGGCAGUGGGAGCGGUAUCGGGAUCGUAUCGAGGCAAUAAACGAAAAUGCGAAAAAAGGUUACACAACGAUCGAGCAAUGGGAAGGUAGGGGAGUCAGGAAAUCGUGCAACGGAACAAGCAGCAAGCAUGGGAUUGGGUAGAGAGAAGAAGCACCGUCUAGCAGGGAAGUAGUCCUAUCUUCCAUAUCACCAGUCGUUCAUCAUAGGAGUUAGCGUGUAAGGAACGAUAGUUAAAUGUAAUGUAUUGCCAAUGUUGUGUGCUGGUUGAGAAAUGAGAGCAUGACCAGACCGGUGAGUCAUCAGAGGCAAUAAGCGCCUUUAGAUAGAACUAUUGAAACCCAAAUUAAUUGUAAUCGAAAUCGAGUCGCAUUAAUUGUCGCGGUGCUAUGCUUUUGGUUUGGCGGUGGCAUCAUCAUCAUAAUAUUAUUAUCAUCAUCACCCCGGGAUAGAAGCGCUGCGAUGGAGUUGGUGACCGGAAGCAGUUUUAAACUAUCUCGCUAUCGACUACCACCACCACCACACAUAUCGGUGACAAUGUGGAUCCGCCUUUUGAAAAACACAUUGUCCGGGUAGAUAA